AUGCGCCCACUUUGCGUCGUGGUCCUGGUUGUCGCUGCUCUCCCCGCUGUAAACGCAGGAGCGCACACAAACUACCAGCGUACAAUCGCGACCGGAUGGCAAGAAGUCCCCUCCAGUCUUCAUGAGCUCACCACCGAUACAUUGAGCACAGACAACAGUGUGCACGAAAGCAGAGAUACCACUCGAUCCGCCGUCGAAAUGUUCCGCAACGCCCUGAAGUCGUCAGUGCCCGAUAGUCAACUCGAAAUGUGGUUUAAACACGCAGUCUCAACCGACGACGCGCUUAAACUUUUCUUACGGGACAACGCAGCUGACGACCUCUUAACCGUUUGGCUUAGCUACAUGAAACGUUUUUACAAUGCGGAAUUGGCUAAAAAGACGAGUUUAAUCGCGACCUUAACUGCCCACUACGGGGACGACGGAAUGGCAAAGCUAAUCGAAACAGCCAAGCAAAUGCCAUCCACAGCAAAGACCGCUAAGCGUCUGGAGAGCGAACUAACGCAGCUGUGGCUGGGGCGAAAGAAAUCCGUGGACGACGUGUUUAAACUGCUGAAACUUGACGAAACAGGAGAUCAGCUCUUCACGCAGCCUCAAAUCGUCGCGUGGGCCAAGUACGUGGACGAUUUCAACGAGGCCAAUCCGGACAAACACGUGACGUUAUUUUCGUAUUUAAAAGGCCUCUACACUCAGGAAGAAACUCUUGUCAAGAUGCUGAUUACAGCGAAAAAGUCGCCCAUGACGGAGAAAAUUGCAGUCCGAAUACAAGCCGAACAGAGCAAAAACUGGCUCAGCAACAAGAAAUCUCCAGGCGUCAUCUUCACGUUGUUAAACCUUAAUGAAGACGGGAUAUCUCUAGUCAAAAGUCCUCUAUUCCAGAGCUGGGUCAAGUACACGGACGAGUUUAACAUGGUCAAUCCAGAGAAUACAGUGGCCGUGAUCUCGGUCCUAAAAGCUCACUACAGCGACGACGUGUUGGCACGAAUGAGUCUAUCAGCGGACAAGACGCCGAGCACGCAGAGCGUUGCGAACCUUCUGCGCUCCGAGCUGCAACGCGAGUGGUACGCGACGUUAAAAUCUGGCGACGUCGUGUUUAAAACGCUGAAACUCGACAAAUCGGGGUCGAAAGUGUUCGAACGGUCCCUUUUCCCUCUUUGGAAGGAUUACAUGCAGUUUGUGAGCUUGAAGGACCCGAGGAUUAAGGUGAGUUAUAUAACCCCGCUCAUAAAGGUAUACGGCGAGAAGAAACUGGCUCAGAUCCUCAUUGCAGCCGAAAAAGUCCCAAGCACUAAGAAAUUCGCUACUGAACUACUCGAUAAGCUUUUCUAUCGCUGGCUGGACGAGAGGAAAAGCCCGACUCUGGUUUUCUCGCUGCUGCGUGUGGAUGGAGCAGCAAAGCACGACGCGAGCAGCUUGAUUUAUAAAAAAUACGCUGAGGCUUUUGCCGGCCUACCCUAA